AUUCUUAAUGUUUUUCUACUACAUUCUUGUGUUUUUCUUUUGAAUGUGACAUGUGAAAUGUGUUCAAUUGCAUUUUUAUAAUAAUAUGUACAUACAUUUUAUUAAGCGUAAUGAAAAACGAAACAGUUAUAUUAAGUUGCAAUGCGUCUAAUAUCGAUAUUAGUGUGUACCAUGACUAUUUAUAAAUGUGUAGUCCCAAGAAAGUGGUUUGAUUCAAGCAAAGAUGAAUUGGCUUAUGUGGAUAAUCCCGUCGAAUCAGAGUUUCCAGGACAUUGGCUGCCUGUUAGCUUAAUCAAACGUAUUAUGGAAAUGCGUGUUCGAACAACGCCUGAAAAAUAUAAUUUUAAUAAUAAACCUUUAUUUAAACAAAAUGAUGUAACUAGACAACCUCUUUAUUUGAAAAAAACAGUAACACCUAGAGAAAGACUGAUUAUGACAAGCAUUAAAAUAUCAGCCAAACCAAGUUCAGUAAAAUUGUAUCUGCUUUCUUCUAAAUUGGCAUACAAAGAUGUAAAUGUACAGUCAACUAAUUAUAAAAUGGAUGUGAGUAGUACUAUACAAGACGGCAAAGUGGAAGUAACAAAUUUAUCUACAAGGGACACUACCACAGUUAUGGCUAAAGUGAUUUCUACGUCCACUAAUACAGAAAUUGCGACGAAUUCAAAAACGCUUACCUCAACAGUGACUACGACUGCAAAAAUACCAUUGACAGCGUCCACCGUUGUUCAAUCGACAGAAUCAGUAAUGAGGAACAUUGCUACUACAAAUCAAAUAUCACCGAAAAUACUGACAACUACAAAACAGUUAACAACUGCAGAAAUAACAACAGAUAGUACAACAGAAAUGGUAUCGAGUACAUCAGAAAAUUCGGCGAAUGAAAAAGAAAUGCAAACAAAUAAAACAGAAACGCCAAUGAAUACGACAACAACAACAACAACAACAACAACAAAAUUAACAACUGUAGCCCCUCAACCACUGACAACUACAAUAUCAACAACGCCUACAACUACAACAGAAACAGGGAAUCCAUUUUAUUGACAUUUACGGAAAGCAAAUUUGUACAAAUAUUAAACUUCCCUUUAUUUCGUGUCUUUGUAAAACAUUCAUUUUUUAACUCUUGGUAAUUUAUGUGUAUAUGUUAAAAAAAAUAGAACCCGUUAACAAUGCCUUUGAUAAUGUAUUUCAACAUAAAAUUUACUUGAACGCAUAGCUUAUUUUGCAAAUGAAUAACGGGCGUAAAAUCGGAAGGAUGUAUUUACAAUCCUGCUGCGAUAACACUUUGAAUAUGAUUUUGAAAUAGAUUUUACUGAAUUAGU